CCUCAUAACUCUGCUCUGGAUGUAUCCCCAGGGGCAGCAGUGGGGGGUCUGGCAGCAUGUUCCCUCAGGCGCCUCUCUCUGUGAAGAUGUCCCCACUUUGGACAAGCCACUUGAAGGCGGGGAUACUGAUAUGGAGAGCACACCAGCACCUCAGACAGUUGACCAAGGAGGUGCUAUUAUUAAGGACCUGGGUGCAGGAGAGCCGGAUGUCCAGCUAUGUUCAGAGUCAAAGAUCAGCCCUCCCAUCUGGGAGAGAAUAAUGGUGGGCAGUGUGAAGGGGAUAAUGGACGAUUCCAUGCUGACCCUGGUGAGCCUGACAGACACCGCAUUAAAGGACAACGGACUCGCUGAGGAAGGAGAGAUGGAUGAGGUAUCAGACCAAGAAGGUAUUGUGGAAAAGGAAUCAGAGUGGACAGUGUUGCCAGAGGAGGACGCCAGCCUACAGGAGGAAGAGACAACCCCCUCUCAUGCAGUAAUGCUGCUGGAGUUCCAGUCGUGUCCCAGCAUGAAUCUACAGGAGGCCUUCCAGGAGAAACGCAGAGCCCUGAUCCAGAGGUCUGCCCACAGGGUGGAGGAGAUUCAGGCCAAGACGGCUGAAGCCAAAGCAACCACCAGGGCCCAGUCUGACCCAACCACUGUUCAGCCAUCCACUACUAAACCCAGGAGAGAGGGGAGGAGUGCAGAGUCAACCUAUGCAGGAGUGGAUGCCAAGCAGAAAAAGCAACAGCCAAAGCUCCAAACUCCCUUGCCCCCUCCCAUGCUAGCCAAGCUGAAGAAGGUUGGGGAGGUGAGGAUCAGCACUCCUGAGAUGAUGUGUGUGGCUGACAUGCGCCAGAGAACAGAGAGGUUGUACAGCCGACUAGAUGAGGUGAAGCUUCGGAAGGUCAGGAGCAGACAGGAGGCAUAUGCCAAAAACAGGGAGAAGGCCAAAGAGUUUCACACGGUAACAUUUAAAAUACCCCAAAUUUUAAAGGAAUUUAACAUGAUACUGUAUCUGGCAUUACUGUAUAUUGAAUUAAUUGAAAGUUGAAGUGGAUUGAUAUACAUCAGCAUUAGUCAGUUUGAAUUGAUAUGAAUUCUGUUUUCUCUCGUUACAGAAAACCUUACAGAAGCUACGGGCCAAGCAGUCUCCGCAAUGAUACUGAAUAUCAGUUUUAUCUGUUGUCAUGUGUGUUCUGUUUGCACUUAUUUUGUACUUCCAUGUGUUUUUGUACAGUUUAAUCAGUAAUGUAAAAUAUAUUUUUAAAGUGUGUA